UGUACGUGUGUGCACGUUGUCGUGUACUUAAUGUGCACAGCGACCACAUAUGUUUCAGUAGCGCAGGGGAGCAGACGGAGUGUCGCCGAUCUCUCUGCGUUCGCACAUUUCUUGUCAGCUGUGGCCGACGAGCGUCUGGACUGUGGCACAGUGCAAAGCAUCGUGCGCCUGCACGGACGUCAGGAGAGUAGAAGAUGCUGAAGGCCAAGCAGAGAUGAUGCGGCUUAUUCCACCUGGGGCCUAAUUACGAACCAAUCCUAGUGCAGCUUAUGUCAUGACACGACCUGAUGCUCACGUGUCCAGCUGAGGUCUACACGGGAGGAAAGGUGUAAACUGUUCAUCAUUUGUCAUGGAGGUCGAGUAGCGACGCGGUAGAGGCGGGUACGCAGACGUUUACCUAGGCAUGAGGGGCGCGACAAGGUUGCAUAGAUAACUCCGCGGUGCAGCCUGCUGUUGUCGAUUUGAGGUGAAUGAUUUCUGACUUUCGCUUCUUACCAUGUUCCAACACAACGACAGUGACAUCACCGCUACAGCUGAUCUGUCGCAUUAUUUCCUGUCCCCGACCGACGCCACCAGUGCCAGCAUGACAGGGCAGGGAGACUCGGGCGGGUUGGCCGAAGCGGCCAACGCUGCUGUCAUCACAGCCCUGGUGGUCAUCUGUUUCGUGGUUUGCAAGAAUUCCUUUGAUUGCUUCCGCCAGUGGCGUGUGCGACUGAACGUGGUGGUGAUCGGCUCGGGUCCGAUCGGCCUCUCCGCGGCCCUUAUCGCCGCUAACAGCAAGAGGGUGGGCCGGAUCGUGGUCUACGAGGAGUUGAACCGAGCACAGCUCAUCUCGCGUCCCCAACAGAUCGCCCUAGACCCCCGCUCUGUGGCCUUCCUGCGGAAGUACCGGGUGGAUUUCGAUAACAUGGAGGGCUGCUGGCAUAAAGAGCGUUUCUACACGAGGAUUGGAAUAUUCCAAGAGUAUAUGAUGAGUUCUCUACAGAGAUCUGAUGCCAACGUAACCAUCAAAUUAGGAACCAAGUUUAGAGAAGAAGUGGCCGCUUCAUGUGGCUCUCCGACCAACCGGACAAUGGUCAUCAUCGCGGAUGGCAUCAACGGCAAGAGCUGCAACCUCUUUGGCGUCAGUGAUGAGUUUGUUGUGGAGUCCUGCAAAUCCUUCGGUGCUGCCUGCUCGCUGGAGAGGAAGGACCAACCACAGGUGCCAUCCCCAGAAGUUCAAGUGAACAAACUCAAAUUGGACCUGUCUGGUUUCGGCAACGAGUACCGCUUCCCUGACCUGAGCCGAGCGGCCUUCUACCUGAAGAUCUUCGGCACCUUUCGUCACCGGUACAUCAGCCUCGUCUGCCAUAAAUGCGAUAUACAUUUAAUCAGACAGCUCAGAAUAACGCCAGAUCCCAUGAUCAUGCGGAACAUAUUUCAGGAGUCUUUUAACUCUUACCGGACGAAAAGUGAGCCCAAGAUCUCGGACUCGGAGGCGUUCAACAUUCAGUGCAACCAGCGUCUCAGCGAGGUGAAGCUGUCAUACCGGCGAGAAAACGUGUUGUAUAUUCAGGAGGAGAACCUGGUGGUGACUGUGGAAGGGGACGCCGUACGGAGUCUGAAUUAUAACUUAGGCUUCGAGGUGAACAUGGGAUUACGAGGCCUGGAGUGCAUGGCGUCUUUCAUUGAGGACAUCGUGACGGCAGACAACCAGAGUGCCUUGGUUAAAGCCAUGUCGGUCAAGACACGCUUCUCCCACCAAGUCAACAAAGAAAUCGUCCAAAGCAGACUCUACAACACUCUUGGCUCAAACAAAUAAAUAUUCAUGUACUGGUAGCAGAGUAAUUAUUACUGUUUGAAGAGCAUGCGUUAUUAUUUAUUUAACGGGAAAGCUGAUCUUUAGUUAAGUUGUUUUGUAGGAUGGCACGCUUUAAGAGCUAAAUCCGCACUUGGCCAAGAGGGCGACGUUCGUACGUUAUAGAAUGCAUUUACAACACGAUGCGCAUUGCUUUGAACAUCGUAUCGAACAUUUCAGUAAGGGGCGGGGCAGACUCAUUGGAGAUGGGGGGAACAGUGCAGCAGUUGGUUUUAACUUUAUAUCACCUUAGUUUGUUAAAAGGGAAGUUCUCUCCAGGCCUCCUUACACUCACGGUGUACAUUUCUUAUAAAAGCAAAUGCUUGUAAUUUUUGGCACAAAGCUGUUUAUGUAUUUGUAUCUUUGUAAGCAUUUGUUACACUGAGUAGCACAUAACUUGAUCUGGACACCGACUUAACCAUUAUUGGUCUUUCUUAGUAGCGUUUGUGUUGUAUGUUUCUAUAGCUCUCGGAAAACGGGAGAAAGUGAAUAUCGAAAAAUGUAGGGGGCAGCAUGCAGGCAAAUGCGACGCGGUGGUUUCGGGUUGAGCUACCGAUCGACGGUUGGGCAACCUUAAAAUUUUUCUGUGGUUCGAAAAAGUUCGUGCUAUUACUGGAGAAGAGGGAGGUUACAUGUUCAUGUGCGUUCGGUUGCCCCGUCCGGUUCGUUAGUGACUUCGUCACAAAGACGGACGCGCCACGAUUUGCAGGCUCUCAUUGGACGAUCGCUGAAGUUGGGCGUUAAC